UCUCUCUCUUAUAUUCCCUAAAUUUCCCAUUAAUUACCCUUCCACGUCUCUUAUAUUCCCUCAAAAUUUCAUUCAUCAUCAAAAUAAUAAUCACUCUUCACGCCGAACAACUAACACAUACACACAAACAAUGGCGCGAGGCUCUUCUUCCCAGUCAACUUCCUCCUCCACAACCCGUCCUGGUACCACCGCCGCACCACGUGGCUCAGCCGCCGCUACAGCCGGCAUGCGCCGCCGCAGACUCAGCGGCUCCUCCUCCAACACAGGCGGCGGCGUAGUCGGCUCCGGCAACGCUAGCAACAUGCUGCGAUUCUACACCGAUGAUUCGCCCGGUCUUAAAAUCAGCCCGACUGUCGUGCUUGUUAUGAGUCUCUGCUUUAUCGGAUUCGUUACUGCUCUACAUGUGUUGGGAAAAUUCUACCGUUAUCGAUCCGGAGCCUGAUUUUUGGGUUCCGAUCUUUUAUUUCGGAUCAUGCCACGUCAUACAGGAUAAUUUAGUUUUUUUUUUUUUUGGGUUCUUAAUUCAGUUUUUGUUUUACCAUGCAACAGUAAAGUUGUCUCUAGCGUGUUCGAGCUGUAGAACCAGCCACUAAUACUUGCACGCGGCACAUCUCUUUUGUGGACCCUGUUAACGCGGAAUAUUUUUUUUUUUUAAAUCUUUUGAUGGUUCUGUUUUUUGUUUC